UGCCGCCGUCGGGUGUAGGUGCGGAGCCGGCGGCGGGACCGCGGUGUCUCUUGACUCAGGCCGGCAGCAUGACGGACCGCUCCGCCUUCGACACCAAUGUCAUCACCAUGACCCGCUUCGUGAUGGAGGAGGGCCGGCGGGCGAAAGGCACCGGGGAGUUCACGCAGCUCCUCAACUCGCUCUGCACCGCCGUCAAGGCCAUUUCCACUGCCGUGCGCAAGGCCGGCAUCGCCAACCUGUAUGGGAUUGCUGGUUCUACCAAUGUGACAGGAGAUCAGGUGAAGAAGCUGGACAUCCUUUCCAAUGAUUUGGUGAUUAACAUGCUCAAGUCAUCUUUCAGCACAUGCGUUAUUGUGUCAGAAGAAAACAAGGAUGCUGUAAUAGUGGAAGCUGACAGAAGGGGUAAAUACAUAGUCUGCAUAGACCCUCUGGAUGGAUCAUCUAACAUUGACUGCCUUGUUUCCAUUGGGACCAUCUUUGGCAUCUAUAGAAAGAUAUCCCCUGAUGAACCUACUGGGAAAGAUGCUUUACAACCUGGGCGUAAUCUUGUGGCAGCGGGUUAUGCCCUCUAUGGGAGUGCCACAAUGCUGGUACUGGCUACUUCUGCUGGAGGUGUCAACUGUUUUAUGCUUGAUCCGGCAAUUGGAGAAUUCAUUUUGGUUGAUAGGGAUGUGAAAAUCAAAAAGAAGGGGAACAUCUACAGUCUCAAUGAAGGCUAUGCCAAAUACUUCGAUUCUGCAGUCACCGAGUAUCUCAAAAAGAAGAAAUUUCCUGAGGAUGGCAGUUCACCAUAUGGUGGAAGGUACAUAGGAUCUAUGGUGGCUGAUGUACAUCGCACACUGGUGUAUGGAGGAAUCUUUCUGUAUCCUGCUAACUCCAAAAGUCCUAAAGGGAAGCUGAGACUGCUCUAUGAAUGCAACCCUAUGGCUUUUGUUAUUGAGAAAGCUGGGGGAAUAGCAACAACAGGACAUCAGCCAAUACUAGAUAUAGUGCCUGAGGAUAUCCACCAAAGAGUGCCUGUUGUCUUGGGAUCUCCUGAUGACGUGAAGGAGUACCUGGAAAUUGUCAAAAAACAUGCAGCUAAAUGAAGAAGGCCUGCUGCAGUCACUAUGCAGAUGGGAAGGAAUGCCUUGAAGCUAAACCAAAGAAUAUAUUGCAAGUCUGAACUGUCAGACCUUUGUAACAAGAAAGGGGAUAAGCCACAUUUUCGUAAGCUUUUUUUAAAAUACAGUUGUACUGUAAAACAAAAGGCAUUAAAAGAUUGUAUUAAAGGAAGCAUUGAAAGAAAA